AUGCCAGCAUCCCGGCCAGCUGAGGCUUACCUGCUGCUGGUGCCCUCCGCCUCAGGAAAUACUAGUGAGUCAGAGAAGGACCGAGGCACAGGGAGCGUGGAGAGCCAUGCCCUGCCCUGCACACAUAGGGUGCCUGACUCCAAGUUCCAUUCCAUUCACGCAAAGCUGGACACCAUCAAGAAAGGUCACGCGAAGGACAACCAGCGCUAUAAAGUUGACUAUGAGUCCCAGAACAUGGACACCAAGACCUUCUCCUCGGAGUCCAAACGGGACACAGAAUAUGGUCCCUGCCUUAGAGAGAUGGAAGACACCCUGAAUCACCUGAAGUUUCUCAAUGUGCUGAGUCCCAGGGGUGUGCACAUCCCCAACUGGGACAAGAAAGGAUUUUAUAAGAAGAAGCAGUGUAGCCACUCCAAAGGCAGAAAGCAGGACUUCUGCUGGUGCGUGGACAAGUAUGGUCAGCCCCUCUCAGGCUUCAAGAGCAAGGGCACCGAUGACGUGCACUGCCUCUGCAUGCAGAGGCAGUAAACCCCACUGCAUCAGUUAAAUUGGAGCUCCAAUACGCCUUACUUUGCACAAAAGACUGCCACGGACAGAACAG